AUGGGUAUUAAAAUGGCCGAAUCGUCGUCACCUCGCGAGCAUUCGCCCCCGGCUGAGGUGGUGUUGCCCGACGCACCGGCAGCUGACAACGAGCCUUCACCGGCAGGCCCUCAGUUACCAGAGGCUGCGGCGCCGCGGCCCGGCAUAGCGAUGGAAGAUCUUUUCGACGACGAUGACGAAGAGCUGUUGGCGGACGAGCAGGCAGCGACCAGUUCAGCCAUCCCAUCUUCGCCGCCGCAAACGGCACCGAGUUCCUCAGCGGCGGAGGUAUCUUCGAGUGCUCAGCAGCAGCAGGAGUCGUACUCGGAUCCAAACCUAAUGCGACAGUUCUAUUCCCGACUGUUCCCGUUCCGCUCACUCUUCCAAUGGCUCAACCAUUCUCCCAAACCGGGGCCGGACUUCUACAAUCGAGAAUUCGCCCUGACGCUGUCGAACGAUGCAUACCUUCGAUACCAGUCAUACGCCACAGCAGACGUGCUGCGUAAAGAUAUCCUGCACCACAACCCGUCCCGAUUCGAGAUUGGGCCGGUAUACACGACGGCUCCGCGAGACCGAAAAACACUACGGAAAAGCACCAUGUUUCGACCGUUGAGCAAAGAGAUUGUGUUUGAUAUCGAUUUGACCGACUACGACGACAUCCGGACAUGCUGCGAAAAGGCCAACAUAUGCAACAAGUGCUGGGCGUUUGCCACGAUGGCGAUCAAAGUGGUGGAUGUGGCACUCAGAGAAGACUUUGGUUUCGAACACAUCAUCUGGAUCUACUCGGGUCGUCGUGGUGUGCAUGCCUGGGUCAGUGAUAAGGAAGCCAGAGAGCUGGACGACGAUAAACGGAAAGCCAUUACUGGAUACUUUGAGGUCCUCAAGGGAGGGGUGCAAGGUGGGAAAAGAGUCAAUCUCAGACGACCGCUACAUCCACAUAUUGUGCGCAGUCUGGAGAUUCUCAAGCCCUACUUCGCUCAGGUGCUUGUGGAUCAGGAGCCGUUCAUGUCCAAGGCUGGACAAGACCGACUCUUGCAGUUGCUGCCAGACAAGGCUCUCAACGAGGCACUCGCCAAAAAGUGGGCGAGCAGCCCUGAUCGUCCGAGUCAUAAGAAAUGGGCCGAUAUCGACUCGGUCGCCGAGACAGGUGUCAGUAAAUCACUGGACAAGAGGGCUUUGCUGCAGGCUAAGCAGGACAUUGUCCUCGAAUACACUUAUCCCAGAUUGGAUGUGGAAGUCGGCAAGAAGAGAAUCCAUUUGUUGAAAAGUCCUUUCGUCGUUCAUCCUGGAACGGGCCGUGUUUGUGUCCCCAUCACCGCUGGUGGGGAUAUGAGUCGAGCAGAUUCAUUUGAUCCUCUCUCGGUGCCCAAGGUCAAUGAACUGCUUAGGGAGGUGGAUCAAUAUGGCGGCGCUGGUGCCCAGGAUGGUGGUGACCAGCCAGCGAAUGGUGACGCGGUGACCGUGAGGAAAAUCAAUGACUGGGAAAAGACAAGUUUGAAGCCUUAUGUUGAACUCUUCGACAGUCACGUCAGGACUCUGCUCAAGAGCGAGAUGGUCCGAGUGAAACGAGAACGAGACGAGGAUGGUGUUACUGGAACAGAUGGCAUGGAGUUCUGA